CAAAUUCAGCAAAAUUUCCAAUAAAAAUUUUAAUUAUCAUAAAUUGGCAAAAAAAAAAUUUAUCGAACAUAUGAAUUCUGUUUCAACGUAUUAACUUGGUACAUGAUGAAUUGAAUGAAAACUUGCAACAUAUGAAAACAACAUCGAUGGUGAUUUAUCAACAACAGUCGAAAAAAAUGAUUUUUUUCUAUUUGUAAAAAGUUAAAUCAUUAAAAAUUUUGAUGAUUUGAUUGAAUUUAUCCAUGUUUUUUUUUCAAUUGAAAAAUGUCUAAUCGAAAAGUUUCCACAACAUUACGAAUUGGUUCUCGAGUUGAAUACACUGUCGUUAUUAAUGGUGAACGUCGCAAAGUUCCUGGCACUAUUGCUUAUGGUCCCGGUGCUUUUCAUUUGAAACCAAAUGAAAAUGAUUGGUGUGGUGUCGUAUUGGAUGAACCGGUUGGUAAAAAUAAUGGCACUAUACAAGGUAGACAAUAUUUUGAUUGUUCCGAUAAUUAUGGUGUUUUCGUACGUGUUUCAACAUUGCGUCCAAUUCUUGAUCAUGGUAGUCGUAUACCAAUGUCUCGUACAUCACGAUCAUCGACACCAUCAUCAACACCGAAAUCAAUGACACCAUCAUCAUCGAUUCAAUCAUUUGCCGGUAUUAUUGAUGGGGGUGAUACAGGUGCCUUGAUUAUUGAUAAAAAUUCCAAACUAACCGAAUCGAUUAAUUUACCGGCAACCAGUCAGAUUUCGAAAAUACGUCCACCAACCAAUUUAAUGUCCACAUCAAGUCAUGAAAUAAGUGCAAAAUCUCAACAACAACAUUCGCAAUCUAAUAUACAAAAAUUGGUGGAAAAAAUUGAAACCAAACGUGAUGAAAUGAUUCGUGAAGAUGAUGCUGCACAACAUUGGUCCCAAUCAUCAUCAACACCAACACAUAAAACAAAAGAAUUACAAGAAGCAAAUGAAAAAAUCAAAGAUCUUGAAUCCAAACUGAAUACAUUGAUGUUGAAACGUGCUGAAGAUAGGCAAAAAUUCAAAGAAUUUGAACGAUUAAAAAUACAGAAUGAACAGCUGUUGGAGAAUAAAAAACAAAUGGCCGAAAAGAUUGCUGAAUUAUCGAAAUCAAAAAUGCAAUCUGAAAAUGAAGCCCGUGAAGCACGCGAAGAACAAGUACGACAAGCUGAAGAAAUUAAAGAUCUCGUUGAUAAUGCUGAAAUGGCCGUCAUUGAUAAAGAGAUGGCUGAAAAUAAAUCUGAACAAUUGCAAUUAGAAUUGGAACAACUGCGUGAACAAUUGGAGGAAGCAAAAUUGGAUUUUGAAAUACUUAAAACCGAAAUCGAAGAUAAAGGUGUCGAUGGUGCUGCAAAUAGUUUUCAAUUGAAAAAAUUAGAAGAUCAAAAUAUUCGUUAUAAAGAUGCAUUGCUUAAAUUGCGUGAUAUAUCCGCUGCUGAUCGUACCAAUAUACAGAUGAUGCAAAAAGAUUUGGAACGUAAAAAUGACGAAAUACAAAAUCUAAUGCAAACAAAUGAUAAAAUCAAAUUAGAAAUGGCCAAAUGUUAUGAACAAAUUGAAAUACUUAAAGAACAAGUUGAUAUGGCAUUAGGAUCACAGGAAAUGGUCGAAAAGCUGACUGAAAAAAAUCUAAUAAUGGAAGAUAAAUUGGAAGAACUACAGAAAGCAUUGGAUGAAGAAGAAAAAAUUAAAGAAUUAUCAAAUAUGAUUAUUGAAGAAAAAGAUGAUAUUAUUGCUGAUUUACGUGAUGAAGUGGAUAAAUUCAAAACAAAUUUGAUGAAUAUUCGCAGUAGUUUUGUAAUGGCACAAGAAACAAUUCAAGAUCAUGAGAAUACAAUCAAAAAAUUUCGUGAAUUAGUAUCAAUAUUGAAAGAAGAAAACGGUAUGCUUCGUGCUGCACAAGAACAAGAUCAUACAAAAGUACAACAAGCUGUCGAUGUGCAAAAACAAUUGGCCAAUAUUGAAUUCAAAACACGCUUAUUGGAUCGUAAAGAUGUAUCGAGAGCUAUUGAUAUGGAAUUACGUCAAUUAGACAUUGAUCAAUGUUAUCGUCAUAUGAUUUAUUUGUCACGUUUUUUUCCCGAAUCAUUUUUCGUUCGUGGUGGUGAUCAUGAUGCAAUAGCCGUUUUGUUGUUCAUUCCUCGUAUGUUUACAAAAUGUUUUAUUAUCGAACGACAAGUAUUGGAAAAACAUUCGACAACAUUUAACCAACAACAAGAUGCUGAUGUGGCUGUAACGCCAGAAUCGAUUCUACGAGAAUUUUUUGAUGAUGAUCGAAUACAAGUAGAAUCAAGUGAUAAAUUGAAACAACAAAUUUUUGCCAAACACAUUGUCUAUUUAUUAACAUCAAUUCGUUCAACAUUGGAUAAAUAUCAGGAUAUUCUAGGCAAAUGUGAUUCAGAUUUGUUUAUGAAACUUGGAUCAUUAUAUCCAGAAUUGGCAGCACAUGAAAAAAAUAUUGAUUAUUUCCUGAAUUUAUUACGUGAAGAUAAAUUAGACGAAACAGUAUCAUUGGAUUCAUUGGAAAAAAUUCUCAAUUAUCUACAUUCAUUAUAUAAUAUUUAUAUUGCAUCCACGAAUCUAGAAUCUGUUGAUAAUCAUAAUAAAUUCUUAAAUGAUUUGAUUGAUGUUCUACGUACUGGUACCGAAGCAUCAAUAUUGGAUUUGAAAAUAAUUUCACGUAUGACCGAUAUGGAUACAUCAAUGUUUCUUUCCACAAUGGAAACAUCAUUAAAUGAUAUUGAACAAUUUGGUCGUAAAAUUCGUAGAAGAAUGAUAUCUAUUGGUUCUGGUCAAGCUGAUACGAAUCCAGCCUGUUUUAUAAGAUUUCCAUCCACUGUUGAAGCAGAAUUAUUGGAUUCAUUUCAUAAUUUUUCACUUAUUGUUCGUAGCCUAAAACAAAUACGUCAAGUAUUAAUGAAUGAAUUUCUUAAUCAAUUUAUUCGUAAUAAUAAUGUUGAUGGUGAUACUUCUAAUGUUGAUUCCGAUGAAAUGAAUAAAAUAACACGUUUUACUAUCGAUGAUUUGGAACGUACCUGUAAAGAAUGGAAUGGUAAUAGUAUUAAAUCAUUAAAUGAAAUGCUAACAAAUGUUAUGAGUACAAUUUGUAAAUUCUGUACGAUAAUUCAACAAGGUGAUUAUGAUAUUUCAAAGAAUGAGACAGCUACUACAGUGCCAUCACAGAAUUCAACAUUUGAUUCAUUACAAUCAAAUCCAACAACAAGUUUACAACUUCCUUCAUCGUUUCAAAGUUUAUUCAGUAGUAAUACUACACGUGGUGGUGGUGCUGGUGGAUCAUCAUGUUCAUUACAAUGUCAACCAUUGGAUCAACGUGCAUUACUAUGGCGACAACAAUCGGAACAAAUUACAGAUUUUCGUAUGAAAAUUCAACAACAAGAAUCUGAUAUUACUGAAUUGAAACGUGCAUUGAAAAUGAAAAUUGAUGAAAUAAGUGAAAUACAAAUACGUCGUGAUCUUUCUGAAAAGAAAUACAAAGAAUCAUUGAAAGAACAACAAAAACUUCAAGAUGAAUUGGAACGUUUAACGAAAGAAUUUAAGGAAAAAGAAGCUGAACGUGAACGUACAUUGAAUAAAUAUAAUCAAGAAAUUAAUGAUCUUUAUUCUGAUCAUCGAUUGAUGAAAGAAAAGUUGAAAGAUUAUUCUAAAAAUGCAUUGUUUGGUAAAGUUUCUAUGUUAUCCAGUUCAACAAAUUCACCUUUAAGCAUGAAUCAUAAUACAAUGUCAUCAACAACAAGUCCAAUGAGUCUGGGAAAUCUUUCAUCUAUUCAUCAUUCACCAAAUAUUAGCCUGAGUCCAACACCAAGUUUAAAUCAAUCAUUAUUAUCGAAUACUACGGCCACAUAUGGUCCAGAUGGUUCAUCAGUAGCGGUCACUAAUACCACCGUACAAACACCAAUGGUCAGCAAUGAUGUUUUACAAUUACAGCAACAUAUACAAAGUCUACGUUUAGCUAUGAAACAGAUUGCAAUGAAAAAUAUUGAACUACGAACAAUGUUAACAUUAUCGAAUGAAGAAAAAAUUCAAAUAAAUAAUGAUGGUGAAUUGAUUAAAAUUCGUCCAAAAUGGUAUCUAGAUACAAUGAAGCGUCAAAACAACAACAACGACCAACAACACGGAUUAUAUGAUGAUGUUGAUUAUGAUGAUGAUGAUCAGAUAGAAAUGAAAUUUCAACAAUUUCGUACUAAACUUUUACAAUUAGAUAAUGAUUGGACUGAAUAUCGUUUGAAAAGUUUAAUGCAGAUAUUUAAUUUAGAUCAAUUUUCUCCAGAUAAUAAUAAUAAUAAACCUGGAUGGACAAAAUGUUUUGCCGAUUUAAUGUAUAAACAUGGACAACAACAAAAAUUGGAUGAAUUGAAUUUUUCAUUACGUUUUCAACAAUUGAAAAUUGAUUUUGAACAAUUUAUCAAAACAUUGGAUCAAAAUGGUGGUUAUCAAUGUGAUUCAACAUUUACAACAUUUAUUGCUCCACACAUUUCAAAGAUUGUAAAUGCACAACCAAAAUUGGUUGCACGAAUUAUUGUUGGUGGUGGUGGUGGUGGUAAAACUGUACAAUCAUCAUCGACAUCAGCAUCGACAAUGGCGAAAAUCAUACCAUUAGAAGUAACAAAUGAUGAAUUGAAUCGUUUACAGAAAAUUUUACUUUAUUAAUAAUAAAAUAAUUUUAUUGUGA